AUGUCAAGUGGAUCUAGUGAAGUUGAUGUGCAGGAAACUGCUGCAUCUGACACAUCUUACAAUGAAGAACAACAAGGAACAAUUCAGGAGAUCCUUAUUCAUUGCCAGGCCAUCUAUGAUGCUAUUCAAGACCUGGAUAAGAAGUUUGAUGUUAUUCAUGGAAAGGUUUCAAAAAUUCACCGUUACCGUUGCUGUAUGAAGUCAAUGUGGCAAAGCCGUAAACUACAUGGACAUAGAUAUAAAAAUUAUAAUUACCAGCCUUAUAGAAAGAGCAAAAGCCUGAAAAGGAAGAGAAGGGACCUUAACUCUUCAUUAUCUCUCACUGAAAGUUAUAGCCCCACUAUACCAGUAAGCAGGGAGGAUAAUGAUUCCCAGAGCAACACUUUGGGAAUAUCUAUCGAGUCCCAGAAGUCCCCAGAGCGGGAGCAGGAGCCAUUCAUCCAGGAUCAGGAGCCAGAUCGCAACGAGAGCCCAGGGAUCCCUGCCAUCUUCACACAACCCUAUGAGCCACACGAAUACAUGCAGGAGGAAUCCAUGCAGGUCCCUUCUUACUACGACAGCCCACAGGCCCGCAGCACCACCAAUUUCUUCCCACCAAACCAAGCCACUGUAAUUCCAACUGCAACCAUACUGACCCAGAUGGAACCUGAACCAAUACCUAACCCUGAUGUUGUGACCUAUCCACCUUUAUUUGAUCCCCAGCCCUCCAUGCAUAAUAGCUCACCUCCCUGCACGUCGGACACUUAUGCUCCAACUUCACCAGUUAGAAAUCGCCUGAAUUUCUUCGGAGAAAACUUCCCUGAGGACCCCUCAACCUGGUCCGUGGAUGAAGUGAUCACGUUUCUGCAAGAUGUAGAUCCUCUGACACUCGAGCCCCUGGUUGACCUCUUCAGGGAACAUGGCAUUGAUGGGAAAGCUCUGCUACUGCUCCAGAGUGACAUGAUGAUAAAGUACAUGGGGCUUAAGCUGGGGGCAGCCUUGAAGGUGUGCCACUACGUCGAAAGGCUUAAAGAAGGAAGAUACAUCUACAAUUUAUAA